GACGACACACUUUCUCACAUAGCAUAUGAUAGUUUUUGUUGUUUUUUUUAUGAGGUCUUUUUAUGGGCUAAAUCAAAAUGUGUGGUCUUACAGUAAAGCCUACAAACUGAAAUUUCCGCUAGAGUUCAAGCUAGCUAAGUCUUCAAAAUGACCUCUACAGCACUAGCCGUUUUUCAACUGCUCUUUUUUGCUGCCGUUUUAGUCGUGGCCAGUCGGACCUACUCUGACGAGAAACAAGACCAGAAGAAACAAACCCUAUAUUUUGGUGCCAUCCUUCCGCACUCUUCCUUUGAUAGCGUUAAAAGAGCCUACAAAAAGAAACUUAACGAGGUGUUGCAAACUCUGAAAAAGGACCGCGAGCCUCAAUUAAAACUGAACAACCUGUACGAUAUUAACUUCAAGGAAGUUGUCAUGAUGUCUCUUAACCCUAGUCCCACCGAAAUACUCAAAAAACUCUGCGACGAACUACUAAAAAACGACGUAAUCACCGUUUUGUACCUAACCAACGCUGAUAUUUUUGGUAGCAAUGCAGCCUCGGUCCAGUACUUUCUACAACUUUCUGGUUACCUAGGGUUACCCGUAAUAGCUUGGAACGCAGACAACUUUGGUGUUGAACAGCAAGUUUCAGACUCCCUCAUCCUGCAACUAGCGCCCUCUGUUGAGCAUCAAUCAGCAGCCAUGUUAAGUAUCAUGAAGAGAUACUUAUGGCACCAUUUUUCCAUCCUAACAACAAUGAUCGGCGGACACGACGACUUCAUCAGGGCUGUCCGAAACCACGUUUUGGACAGCGUAGAUUUUAA